UCUAAGUGGGAGGAGAAGGAGAAUUGACUCUUUGCUGCUCCACCGCAUAGCUGCGCCUCCCUCCCCCCUCUUGGCAUCUGUCCUUCUUGGGAGAGUCGCACUCAAACGGCAUCAUCCUUGGCUGGGCUUGACUCCGCUUCCUUGCCCUCCUCCUCAUCCUGGGUGGCUUGCUCUCCUCCUUGAGAGAACUUGGUGUAUGUGCAGAAAAAGAGAGGAAAAAGUCAGCAGGGCAGGAGAGCGCGCGCGCGCGCAUAGCUCCCCAGCCGAGUCCCCGACGACGUCUCCUGCCUUGCAGCUUGGAGCGGCCGCUCCGCAUUCUUGGCAUUCCUGGGCUGUGACUCCGAGGUCGGCGGUGGCGGCAGCAGCGGCUCCUCCAAGUAGCUCCACGUUGCGAGAGAGCGCAACGCAGGCACACGCACGCUCCAAUCGCCCCAUAGCAAGAGGAGCAGCCGCCUCCUCCACCAGCUCCGGCCUUCCUCGCUUUAUAAUCAAGACCGCAAUCUCCUCCUCCGCUUUCUUUCCCCACCCUCCUUGGCUCCCUAACAGCCUCCCGCCCCCCUUCUGGAUUUUAUGCCUCCUCACAAAACUUCUCCAAACUUUCCCCAGCCAGCGCCGCUGGGACAAGAGUGCCUUUCUUAGGGGGAACAGGCGUCGUUUUCCGCCGCCUUUUUGUCACUCGUCCACCAAACUCGCCUCCAUCCCGAUUUCCUUCCCCUUUCUCUCACCCCACCCCACCACCCCCGAUGAAAUUUUCGCCACGAUCCGAGUUCUAGCGGGCCAAACUUUCUUUCCCUUCUCUUUGGAUUCUUAAGACGGAAACCUCCGACGUGGGAAAACCUUCCUCGGGGAGUUUUGCACAAAAGCCUGCCCUUUUCUUAGGGGUGAAAGAGGAGGUGGGUCGACCUCGCUCCGGGUGAGAAGCAUCUGCUUUCAGAUGAUCCAAAGACAUGUGAAACAGUCUUGGGAUCUGCCUUUGGCAUGGACAACACUCCUAAACCUGGAGGAGAAGAGCAGUAACUAGAGAAGCAACAUCCACAGCUUCUUUGUCCGGAAGACCAAAAGUGUGAGAAGGGGAGAGGCAGCCUUCUUCGCCCCAGCAGUCAUGCCUUUUGGGCUGAAAUUGCGAAGGACAAGACGCUAUAAUGUCCGGAGCAAGAACUGUUUCAUGACCCGGAUCCGCUUGUUGGACAACAGUGUCAUUGAGUGCACACUCUCGGUGGAGGGCACUGGGCAAGAAUGCCUGGAGGCCGUUGCUCAAAGGCUGGAAUUACCAGAGACACACUACUUUGGCCUUUGGUUCCACAGCAAGAACCAGCAAGUGCGAUGGGUGGAACUGGAGAAACCUCUGAAAAAGCAGCUGGACAAGUUUUCCAGCGAGCCGUUGCUUUUCUUUGGGGUCAUGUUCUACGUGCCCAGUGUUGCCCGACUAAAGCAAGAAGUCACAAGGUAUCAGUUUUACCUACAAGUAAAAAAAGAUGUUCUUGAUGGGCGAUUACGAUCUUCAGCGGAACAGUUGAUACGACUAGCUGCAUUGGCAGUUCAAGCUGAUUUUGGAGAUUACAGUCACUUUGAAUCUCAUGAUUUCCUCCGGGAAUAUGUUUUGUUUCCUAUGGACUGGACCCAAGACGAAGCAGUCCUGGAGGAGCUGACACAGAAAGUAGCUCAAGAACACAUAAAUCUCAGUGGCAUGUCUGCAGGAGAUGCAGAAUUUUACUACAUCCGUGAAGUUGAACAUCUGGAUGGGUUCGGCCAGGAAAGCUUCCCUGUGAAGGACAAUCAAGGAAAUGACAUGCAUCUUGGGAGUUUCUGCACCGGAAUUUUCGUAAAGAAUAGAAUGGGGAGGCUCUCAGUCAUCUACAGGUGGAAUGAUAUUGGAAAUAUAUCCCAGAACAAGUCUUCAAUUGCUGUGGAGCUUGAAAAAGAAGAAACUGUAUUGUAUCAUACGGAUGACCUUGAAAAUGCCAAGUAUAUUUCACGGCUGUUUACUGCAAAGCACAAGUUUUACAAGCAAAACAAAACAUGCACAGAACAAUCAAAUUCUCCUCCUAUCAGGCGUCGGCCCACCUGGAGUAGAUCAUCUUUGCCAAGGCAGCACACAUUGAUUACGGCUGCUAGGCAUGUCCAGUGUGGAGAGCACUACAGUGAAACUCAUAAUUCACAAGACAACAUUUUUCAUGGAAAUGAAGAAAUGGUGUACGGUAGAUCUCAGACAAGCUUGGACAGAUGUGCAAUGGACUUCAGCUACCUGAAUGGCAACGUCCCCAACGGCAACAUCCCCAAUGGCAGUGUGUGCAGCACCCAGAGUAUGAACUCUCUCAACCAUUCACAGAAUUUCAUUCAGGCUUCUCCAAUGUCCUCCAACCUCAGUAUUCCCGGGAGUGACAUCAUGAGAGCAGACUACAUCCCAAGCCAUAGGCAUAGUGCAAUCAUUGUACCUUCCUACAGGCCAACGCCAGACUAUGAAACAGUAAUGAGGCAAAUGAAGAGAGGGGUGAUCUACACCGACAGUCAAAGCCAGUCUUUGAGGAACCUCAAUAUUGGGAACACUCAUGCUUACAACCAACCCAAAGACCUUGUAUACAGCCAGCCAGAAAUUCGAGAGAGAUCCCCUUAUGCCAUUAGCUAUGGGCCUCAGGGCACUUACAAAAAACACGUUGCUCCAACAGAGCAGAUGAACCCCAUCAAUGCUGCACAGACUAAGACAGCAGCCAGUGCCAUUUCCCAUACCGUCAGCACACCAGAGCUGGCCAACAUGCAGUUGCCCAGCAACCAGAGGUGUGGCACAGCCCACAACCUAAGGAACUAUCUUUUCAGACCACCGCCCCCAUAUCCACGUCCCCGCCCUGCUACCAGUACACCUGACCUGGCCAGCCACCGCCACAAGUAUGUUAGUGGCAGCAGCCCAGACCUGGUCACUCGGAAGGUCCAGCUCUCAGUGAAGACCUUCCAAGAGGAUAGCGCUCCAGUGGUCCACCAGUCUCUCCAGGAGGUCAGCGAGCCCCUUAUGGUGGUGAAGCAUCACACCGCUGUUAACAAGCGCCAUAGUUUGGAAGUAAUAAGCAACAUGAUGCGCGGCAUAGAAGCGAUGGCUUUGAAAAGUCUGAAUGCUCCCUUGCCCCGCCGGAACACCUUGCGAGAGCAGGUGCAACCAGAGGAGAUAGUGCAAAGGGGCCAUGAGGUCCAGCAGCUUCCUCGCUACCAACACAAGAAGACCUUCUCUGAUGCCACAAUGCUGAUCCAUAGCAGUGAAAGUGAAGAGGAGGAAGACGCUUCAGAAGCUGUGCCUUCCAUGGCGGCACUCCAUGAAAACAUGAAGUACAGUGCUCAGCUGCAGGCGGCCUUGGCUAGAAUACCAAACAAACCACCUCCUGAGUAUCCUGGUCCCAGGAAAAGCGUUAGCAAUGGAGCCUUGAGGAAUGAUCCAGGGAACGUUGCAAUGGCUGUGUCUCGAGCCAAGGCCUUGAGGCUGGGGCCGACAAAGGCUGUCAGCAUAUCUCGGACGGACCAAAUGGCAGUCAAUGGCUCUUCACUUGGCCCAUCAAUCUCUGAGCCAGACCUCACAAGCGUAAAGGAAAGAGUCAAGAAAGAGCCAGUGAAGGAGAGGCCUGUCUCUGAAAUGUUUUCUAUUGAAGACAGUAUCAUAGAAAGAGAGAUGAGGUAUCUAGAGAAACAGAAGAUGGCAGGCCUGGAGGCCCAGAAGAGGCCCUUGAUGUUGGCAGCGCUUAAUGGUCUCUCAGUUGCUCGAGUUCCAGUGCCUGAGGAUAGCCAGGAUGAAGUCGCCAAGGUGCCAAUGGAUGAGCGGUGUAAAAUCCUACGGAGGAAACUGGAAGAAGGAAUGGUUUUCACUGAAUAUGAGCAGAUUCCAAAGAAGAAGGCAGAUGGGCUCUUUACCACAGCAACGCUCCCUGAGAAUAUAGAGCGUAACCGUGUCAGAGAAGUCAUUCCAUAUGAAGAGAACCGAGUGGAGCUGGUACCAACCAAAGAAAAUAAUACAGGUUACAUCAAUGCCUCACACGUAAAGGUUACUGUAGGUGGGGAAAAAUGGCACUACAUAGCCACCCAAGGACCUUUGCCACAAACAUGCCAUGAUUUCUGGCAAAUGGUGUGGGAAGAAGGUGUGAACGUGAUUGCCAUGGUGACAGCAGAGGAGGAAAGAGGAAGAUCUAAGAGCCAUCGUUACUGGCCAAAGCUGGGCUCCAAGAACAUUUCAGCCACUUAUGGGAAGUUCAAGGUGACCACUAAAUUCCGCACUGAUUCUGGUUGCUUCGCCACAACAGGACUGAAGGUCAAGCACCUUCUGUUAGGACAUGAAAAGACGGUGUGGCAUUUGCAGUACACUGACUGGCCAGAUCACGGUUGUCCAGAAGAACAAGGCUUUCUCUCGUAUUUGGAAGAGAUAAAGUCUGUGCGCCGCCAUACCAACAGCGUGCUGGACAGCAGCAAUAAUCCCAAUCCCCCCAUCGUGGUGCACUGCAGUGCCGGUGUGGGGAGGACAGGUGUGGUCAUCUUGACAGAGCUCAUGAUUGGCUGCUUGGAGCACAAUGAGAAGUUGGAUGUUCCCAUGAUGCUGCAACAUCUGAGGGAGCAGCGGAUGUUCAUGAUCCAAACCAUCGCACAGUACAAAUUUGUCUAUCAAGUGCUCAUCUUGUUCCUGCAAAACUCCAGACUCAUUUAACAUCAGCAGGAAAGACCUUUUCUCUUCUCCCCAAGCACCCCCAACCCCGUACGCAGCCUUGUGGAUCUGGGCCGAGAAUUGCUCUUUCAACAAUAUCCUGUCUUACCGUCAUGUAGCUAGCAUUUUUUCAGAAUUGUCUCAACUCUAAGAAGACCUUGUUCCUCCUACAGAUUAUUUUAUACAAGAUAAUUUAUGAUUUUGUUGCCUUGACACAUUGUGUGAACUUUCUAAAUUUGCGAAACUGGCAUUGACCUGGGAAUUGAAGCACAUUUGACAUGAUUGAUCUGCAUUGCAACCUGACCGUGGGGGGAGAUGUUCCUAUCUGAUGGUGGUCUCUUAAACUUGGCAUGGCUGUAUGGCAUGUGAGGUGGUGGCAGCUUGACCUGUUCUGGGGCUGUUCACGUAGGAGAGAGGACCCUACAAAAGAGAUGACUGUUGAUUCGGUGGUGUCCCAUUGUGAAAGCAAACACAUUUCCAUAUUAUAGAGAGGGAAUAAGCUAUUGCCUGUUGUGGGGCACGUAGCACACUGAGGAGAAGUAGCCAGACCUCUAGUAUACUUCAGUAUUCAGGUGUUCCAUACAGGGCAAGAACAAUACCUUGGUGCUGGCGACAAUGCAUGCAUGUUGUUUCAUGAUUGCGUAGCAUGUGGAAGAGGGAUUCCUGACCUUGGCUCUCCAGAUGUUGGACCACAAGUGGUUGAGGCUGAAGGGAGUUGUAGUCCAACAACAUCUGGGGACCCAAGGUCAGGAUCUAGUGAUGCAGACCAUGUUUAGUUGGGAUGCUGUUAUGAGAUCAGUCCUUAGCGUGUUCCUUUUCGCUCUCAGAAUGGUGACAUCAACUGUUGUCCCCACCAGUGAUACCGAAUCCUGCUCACCUGGCUUGGGAGCGGAAUUUCAUUAUGUAGAUGCUAUCAACUGUGAAACA